ACCACAUUCAAUGAGAUGUCAAAACUUGUGUACUUGUAAUUGUGCUUGGAAAAUGUGGAAAGAUAUUGUGACGUAGGUCGGUACGCCCUUUAAUUUGUCAACCCUGAUUUAUUCACGUUAAAUUAAAUCAGUUACAGAUGUCUACACUUACAGGAAACUCUCUACUAUUGCAACAGUGUCUGAGUCUCUGCUCUCGACGCACGCGCGCACACACACUUGCACUGUCCUUCUAGCCUAUCUGGUCCCCCGAGCUUGGCCCUCUUCACAUACGCAAACACGUCGGCCCGUAGCACCCCACCGGACACACACUGACCCAUCAGCCGCCACGGUCCACGAACCCGGUGCUCUCGACACGCAGCCUCCGGCUCUCAGCACCCCCACUGGACACACGCUGGCUCCUCGGCCGCCACGGUCCAUAAACCCGGUGCUGUCACUCGCAGCCGACCUGUCCUUACUCAACGCCACACCAGACCGCUCGUUGGCUCCACUCACUCGACUCACGUCGCUCCUGCCGCUUAUCGCUUGCCACCGCUGUCCGCAACAGCUUAUCGCUUCCAACUCUCACGCACUCGGGCAGGCGACCUUUUUAUAAUCGCCGGCCCAGAUGUAGAAGCUUCGAGGCCAGGAAGUCUGGAAAGUUCGCUUCCUGGAAGUUACGACUACUAGAAGGUUUCCCUUUGGUAGCUUUUACCAUCCCUCGGGAGGCGAAUACGGCGUGUAGAACUUUCGGUAGCGGCCACACGUACAGUCCUCGACCGCUAGCCAGGGAGGGGAAUCCGACGGCCCUUCCCCUCCAGCGCUAGCCUUCGGGACUUAAGACGACACGUCACAAUAUAUUUUUGCAUAUUUUUGCAGUUGCUUGUCAAGUUCAGUGGUCUGCCUUAUGAUGGUCUGUACAUGAAAUUACUAAAAGCUGUAUUCCAUUGGUGCAUUCAUUAUGUUUAUAAAAUCUUCUUGGGCCAGUAGCCGUGUCAUUUGUUUAAACUCUGCUGACAUUAACAUACUGAAUGUUUAACAAGUCAUUUCCUGGUAAUGGAAAUAAUUGCUGUUUAUUUUGAGAAUCAUACAAAACCAAAUAUUCCAAAUUCGGAAUUAUUGAAUGUUGAGGUGACAGAAGUUACUUGGAAAUGAAAAAUAAAUCUCUUUUGAUAAGAAUUAAGGGCAGAUUUUUUCGUCAUGUUAACAUCCUCAACUGGCUGCCACGAUACACCAAGGAAGAUGGGAUUGGGGAUAUAAUUGCAGGAAUAACAGUUGGACUCACAAUGAUGCCACAGAGUAUUGCUUAUGCAUCAUUAGCUGGUCUUAGUCCACAGUUUGGACUGUAUUCAGCAUUCUUUGGAAGUUACUUGUAUGUUGUGUUUGGAACAAUUAAAGAAGUCUCUAUUGGUCCAACUGCAGUGAUGUCAUUGUUAACAUAUGAAUUUGUGCAUGACCUUGGUAUAGAAUAUAUGGUAUUAUUGACAUUUUUAAGUGGCUGUGUUGAGCUUGUUAUGGGCUUACUCAAUUUAGGAUUUUUAAUUGAUUUCAUCUCUACACCAGUUACAUCUGGAUUUACAUCUGCCUACUCUAUUAUCAUCAUUGUAUCACAACUGAAGUCACUUUUUGGUCUACGCAAAUUCAAGACAAAAGGUUUUAUUGACAAUAUCAGCAAACUCGUGACCCAUUUGCAUGAGACCAAGAUUUGGGAUACUGUCUUGGGAAUUUCCUGUAUUAUAUUUCUGCUUAUUCUCAGGAAAGUGAAAGAUAUUCGUGUGGGAUAUCCUGGAGAAAGAAAUUUAAGUAAACAUCAACAGAAGAUAAAGAAAAGUCUCUGGUUUAUCUCCAUUUCUCGUAACACAAUUAUAGUGCUUAUCUCAGCUCUCCUUGCAUUUUGCUUUGAAAUGGUUGGUCCUUCCCCGUUCAUUUUAUCAGGUACCAUUGAGUCAGGCCUUCCACCAUUUAGUCUGCCAUUUUUUUCAAUUCAAGAGAACAACACUACAGUGACCUUUCCUGAGAUGUGUUUGGAACUUGGUUUAGGUAUCAUAGUGAUUCCUGUGGUUGCCAUACUGGCUAAUGUGGCAAUAGCAAAAGCUUUUGUUACUGGACCAUCACUGGAUGCAACCCAAGAAAUGCUGACUCUAGGUGUCUGCAAUAUGUUUGGGUCAUGUGUGCGCUCUAUGCCAACAUGUGGAGCAUUCACAAGGAGUGCAGUGAGCAAUGCCAGUGGAGCCAGAACUCCUAUGGUGGGCCUCUAUUCAGGAACCCUGAUUGUGUUAGCACUCAGCUUACUGACCCCAUAUUUCUACUAUAUUCCACGUUCUACGCUAGCAGCUGUACUCAUUUCUGCAGUUGCUUUUAUGAUAGACUGGAAGAUCUUGAAGACUUUAUGGAGAUGUAACAAGAGAGAUCUGUUUCUGAUGGUGCUAACUUUUAUGUCAUGCCUGCUUCUUGGAGUUGAGGUUGGCUUAUUAAUAGGGGUCAUCACUAAUAUGAUUUUUCUGCUGUACCUGUGGGCUCGACCAACAAUCAACAUCAUUACAUGCAAGACUCCUGCUGGCAGUAAAUAUGCAAUGCUUAUCCCAGACAUCGGGAUCAUGUAUCCAGCAGUGCACUAUUUCUGUAGAACAGUAAACAAGGCAGGAAUGAUCCAGGGGAAUAGUUCCCUGCCAGUUGUUAUUAAUUGCACAUACAUCAAGGGAUUGGACUACACCACAGCUUUGGCAUUUAAGGUGAUUUAUGGGAUGUUUCAAAAAAGACAGCAGCCGCUGAUUCUUAUUAAUGUUCUACCAGAAAUUAGAUUGAUGCUCCAAACUACAGAUGGCAAGACGAUACCUUGCUGUGAAACAGAGGAAGAAAUUAUGGAAGUUCUCUUUGGUGAAACACUGAAUUUAGAAAGAACAGAGACAAUGCCACUCAUAGAAAAAGAAAUCCAAGAGCCUACAGUUACAAUUGAAGAUGAACCCGGCUUGAGAGAUGAUCUCAGAUUGGACUUUCUAAAGUCAAAAGAGUCAUCUGUUAAAGAAUGUGCAAGAGAUAAAGAACAUUAAUCUGUAUCUGUAUAAAAUAAAGUGUUCUCAGUAUGAAUAAAUUCAGGUGUAACAUCAACAGAUUAAAAAUGUACUAGAGACACUAGAAUAUGGUUCUUACACUUUAACAGUUCAAAUAUUUGUUAUUUGUGGUUUGAUUUGCAUAUGUUUUAGUAACUGGACAGAGCCAGGUUCUGUGGACUGUUAAAGCAAUUAUUACAUAGGUAGAGUGACUUAUUUACUUCAAAUAUCAGUCCUUCAACGUACACACAAAUGUGUUGCAUUUGGUUAAAAUAUCUUACUGAAAAGAUGUACAUACUCUGUUAAUGAAUUGAAAAUAUUUUUGUGAAAAAGAUAUACAGUAAAAAAAAUAAUUAUUUUGUGAUACAUA